CAGCGGGAGCCGCCGAGAGCUCGCCUCGCUCUCCCGCGCGGCGCCUCGGGAGGCGCCUUCUGCGGCGGGCGGACCGACUCCUCGGCGCGGCGGGGCCGGGGCAAGCUGGACGCAGCAUGAUGCGCGCAGUGUGGGAGGCGCUGGCGGCGCUGGCGGCAGUGGCGUGCCUGGUGGGCGCGGUGCGCGGCGGGCCCGGGCUCAGCAUGUUCUCGGGCCAGGCGGCGCAGCCCGACCCCUGCUCGGACGAGAACGGCCACCCGCGCCGCUGCAUCCCGGACUUUGUCAACGCGGCCUUCGGCAAGGACGUGCGCGUGUCCAGCACCUGCGGCCGGCCCCCGGCGCGCUACUGCGUGGUGAGCGAGCGCGGCGAGGAGCGGCUGCGCUCCUGCCACCUUUGCAACGCGUCGGACCCCAGGAAGGCGCACCCGCCCGCCUUCCUCACCGAUCUCAACAACCCGCACAACCUGACGUGCUGGCAGUCCGAGAACUACCUGCAGUUCCCGCACAACGUGACGCUCACGCUGUCGCUCGGCAAGAAGUUCGAGGUGACCUACGUGAGCCUGCAGUUCUGCUCGCCGCGGCCUGAGUCCAUGGCCAUCUACAAGUCCAUGGACUACGGGCGCACGUGGGUGCCCUUCCAGUUCUACUCCACGCAGUGCCGCAAGAUGUACAACCGGCCGCACCGCGCGCCCAUCACCAAGCAGAACGAGCAGGAGGCCGUGUGCACCGACUCGCACACCGACAUGCGCCCGCUCUCGGGCGGCCUCAUCGCCUUCAGCACGCUGGACGGGCGGCCCUCGGCACACGACUUCGACAACUCGCCCGUGCUGCAGGACUGGGUCACGGCCACUGACAUCCGCGUGGCCUUCAGCCGCCUGCACACGUUCGGUGACGAGAACGAGGACGACUCGGAGCUGGCGCGCGACUCGUACUUCUACGCCGUGUCCGACCUGCAGGUGGGCGGCCGCUGCAAGUGCAACGGCCACGCCGCCCGCUGCGUGCGCGACCGCGACGACAGCCUGGUGUGCGACUGCAGGCACAACACGGCCGGCCCGGAGUGCGACCGCUGCAAGCCUUUCCACUACGACCGGCCCUGGCAGCGCGCCACGGCCCGCGAGGCCAACGAGUGCGUGGCCUGUAACUGCAACCUGCAUGCCCGGCGCUGCCGCUUCAACAUGGAGCUGUACAAGCUGUCGGGGCGCAAGAGCGGGGGCGUCUGUCUCAACUGCCGCCACAACACGGCGGGCCGCCACUGCCAUUACUGCAAGGAGGGCUACUACCGCGACAUGGGCAAGCCCGUCACCCACCGCAAGGCCUGCAAAGCCUGUGAUUGCCACCCCGUGGGCGCGGCCGGCAAGACCUGCAAUCAGACCACCGGUCAGUGUCCCUGCAAGGACGGUGUGACGGGCAUCACCUGUAACCGCUGCGCCAAGGGCUACCAGCAGAGCCGCUCUCCCAUCGCCCCCUGCAUAAAGAUCCCUGCGGCACCACCGACCACGGCCGCCAGCAGCGUGGAGGAGCCGGAAGACUGCGAUUCCUACUGCAAGGCCUCCAAAGGGAAGCUGAAGAUUAACAUGAAAAAGUACUGCAGGAAGGACUAUGCGGUCCAGAUCCACAUCCUGAAGGCGGACAAGGCAGGGGACUGGUGGAAGUUCACGGUGAACAUCAUCUCUGUGUACAAGCAGGGCGCGAGCCGCAUCCGCCGCGGUGACCAGAGCCUGUGGAUCCGCUCGCGGGACAUCGCCUGCAAGUGUCCCAAAAUCAAGCCCCUCAAGAAGUACCUGCUGCUGGGCAACGCGGAGGACUCGCCCGACCAGAGCGGCAUCGUGGCGGACAAGAGCAGCCUGGUGAUCCAGUGGCGGGACACGUGGGCGCGGCGGCUGCGCAAGUUCCAGCAGCGCGAGAAGAAGGAGUUGUAAUGGACCCAGAUGGAACUUGUAAUGUGGGCCCCACAUGAUAGAACUAAGUUCAGAUAUCAUUUAAAUAAACUCUUGUACACUGUUC